GAAGCAACGUGCUUGGCCCAUUUUAACUACAGAACUGCCGGAGUAUGGUCAUUUAUACUGUGUAAUUUGUUAGUAGUGUUAUAGUGUCCUUCCUCAUUUUAUUGUUGCAUAGAAAUAAACAAAUACUGUGUUUUUAUAAUCCACUUCUCUUUUUUUAUAAUUUCCAUACAAAUAGAAAAUAAAAUUAAUAACAUCAAGUUCAAUCCCUUUGUACUGCCGAUACAAAUCACCGGAGCCUCAUGUUUCUCUGCUGGUAUUAUUUUUAAUGUUUUAUACUGCUAUAUGGAUUUAACCAUGGAUGUUCAAAAUGAGCUUCUUUUUCAAUUUUUGGAUUUAAAUGAUUUGAGUGACAAUGAUAAGAAUCAUUUAAUAGGCAUUUUAAAAUCUAAUGUCACUGUUGAUACCUUGAAAUUGCCAUGGGACACAGUUGAAUCUAAUAACGAUAUUAGUGCUUCUAUAACAGAAAUUCCACAAGUUCAUAAUCAGUGGUAUCAAAAUGCAAUACCACCACCAUCGUACACACAACAAAUAAUGUGUAGCGACUGGCAAGGACCACCAAUUUAUCCUGUUCCAGAUGCUCAUAUACAGCCAUUUAUGCCUGCUAUGAAUUACUCUCAUCCUGGAUAUAACCUUGGAAAUGAAAUUCAGGAUGUUAGUUGUAAUAGGGAAACUAAUAGAAGGAAUAAUCGAGGAAGAGGGAUAAGAAGAGAUAAUUUCAAUCGUGGAAUAAAUCCUACAAGUGACAUGCAACCUGGAUAUAUAGGAGAACAAGGCCAAUUUCACCCACCAUUGUCUUUUGUGGUUAUGUAUCCAGAUCAGACACAACAACAACAAUUUUCUGGUCACGUUCAUUAUCCUCCAUUAGCUUUAUAUCAGCCAAAUAUUCAUACGCAUACAAGUACACAUCCUCAUACACAACCUGGUUAUGGAUAUCCUCCAUAUCAUCAUCCUUCAGGGAAUGUAAGAUGUGCUCGACCUAUGCUUUCUCAACCUACUCAAGAAUGUACGAAAGUACAGGCUACAAAAUCUCAUGAGAAACGAGUGCAAAAUGUUACGCAUCCUAUCAAGCAACCUUUUCAUCAAGCAACUGAAGAAAAUAAUUCUUCACAGACCAAUAUAGUCACUACAGUAAUAACUGUAAAUAACAAUAAAGUAAAUCAAUGUACUAACAGUGUAGAUGAUAAUAAUGUUAAUAGAAAAAAUUCAAAUACAAAUGGAAAAGUACCACCAGUUAAUGUCAAAAUAGAACAUAAUAUUGUAUCUACUGUAAAUGAAAAGUGUAAUGGAGCUGAGAAAAACGUACCAUGCGUAAAUAUUAAUAGUGUAUUAGAAGUAAAACAGAAUGGAGAAACUGAUAAAGAAUAUAAAAAUAAAACUGUUUCUAGUAUUAAAACUACUGUUGUUGAAACAUCAAAACCAGUUUCUAAAACCGAAAAUGAAAUACCCAAGAAAGAUAUUUCUACGAAAAAUAUACAAGACAAAAUUAUCACUAAAACGCCAAAUAACUCUUCUAAUACAGCAAAUACUCCAGUAAUUGUGCCUACUACAUCAUCUCCAAUUUUAUCUUGGGCUGGUAUCUUGAAAAGAGGAAGUGCAGAAACACAGUCAAAUUCAUCAACUUAUAAACCAACAGCGCGCAUUAAUCCUCUAUCAAUCAGAGAGAAUAGUGUGACAUCAAAAGAAUUAUCACAGUCAAUAGAAAAAAAUCAACCUAAUAGUACAACGGUAUUUACAAAUGAAAAUAUUUCAUCUAAUAUGCAAAGUAUUAUAAAUGAAAGUAAGAAAUCACAGAGAGAAACCUUGAAAAAUCAUUUUAAUGACCCUAUUGCCUUUCGUAUGGGUGAAUUUUUACUAAGCUAUCAGAUGGAUAAACAAACUGUGAGUUUAUUACCUAGAGGAUUAACAAACCGUAGCAAUUAUUGUUACAUUAAUAGUAUAUUACAAGCUUUGCUUGCUUGUCCACCUUUUUACAAUCUUUUGAUGGCCCUACCACAUUCUAAAAAUUCCAAUAAAAUGAGAUCUUCUUCUACUCCACUUAUUGAUAGCAUGGUAAAAUUUGUACACGAAUUUACACCUUUGUCAGAUGGUGCCCGAUUAGCUAGAAAAGAGAGAGCAAAUAAACGAGGGGAAGAUACAAUAGUAGAUAUACAAUGUGGAGUGGCCUUUGAACCUUUUUAUGUAUAUACAAUGUUAAAAAAUAUGUCAGCUGCAGGUGUAUUUUCUGUGGAAGGACGGCAAGAAGAUGCAGAAGAAUUUCUCUCGUGUCUUCUGAAUGGUAUCAAUGAUGAAAUGCUUGAACUUAUUAAAUUAGUAAAUAAUGACCAAAGUGUAACAAAUAAUAUUGAAAAUAAUGUAAGUUAUAACAAUGGAGAAGAAGAAUGGAAGGUUAUGGGUCCAAAGAAUAAAGGAUCUAUUACACGGUGUACAGAAUUUGGAAGGACACCAUUAUCAGAUAUAUUUCGCGGACAAUUGAGAUCUAGAGUAUCACGAGUAGGAGAACAAGCAACAGAUAACGUCCAACCAUUUUUUACGCUACAACUUGACAUAGAAAAAGCAGAAUCUGUAAAGGGUGCACUCGAAAUUCUCGUCGGAAAAGAUCCAUUAGAAGGAAUGACAUGUAGUAGAACAAAACAACAAAUAGAAGCUUGGAAGCAAGUUACCUUAGAAGAAUUACCUAUCAUUCUCAUAUUACAUUUAAAAUGGUUUGACUACAAACUAAAUGGAUGUUCAAAAAUUCUAAAAAGUGUAGAAUUUCCAAUUGAUUUAAAAUUGGAUAGCAAAUUCCUGUCGCCAAAUACCAUAAAGAAAUUAACUCCAAAACAAAAGCAUUAUAAAUUAUUUGCUGUUACUUAUCAUGAUGGAAAAGAAGCAACAAAGGGUCAUUAUGUUACAGACGCUUUUCAUGUGGGAUACGGUGGCUGGGUCAGGUACGAUGACAGUUCAUUAAAAGGUGUUUCUGAAAGUAAUGUAUUAAAGCCUACUCCUCCAAGAGUUCCAUAUUUAUUAUAUUAUCGACGAUGUGACACUAUUGGAAAUAAUCAAUCAAAUAGUGGUAAAAUACGUUAAAACGAAAAACAUUAAUUACGUAUAAAAAAAAUCUAUAUUCUAAGUCUAAAGAGGCAAUUUGAAAGAAUAGAUUUUACAGAUUUGUAGUUCUUGUUGAUACUUGUAUCUGAGUACAGAGAAUGUUUAUUAAUGUAUAUCAUGAAAAAAUAGAAAAGUAUUUCCUUUUAAUACAUUGUACUUCCAUGAAACAUUUGUACGUAAGAUUGUUGUUACGAGUUUUAUGCAUAAAGUUACGAAUUUUCUUGGUACGCGAAAUAAAUAAUAGUUAAAGUUGAAGUUAAAGAGGAGUUUUAAUUUUGGCAUUCAUAAUUCUAUCGAAGUUAAUAAGCGCUUGCACAUUACAGUUUAUCAAAAUAUUAAAUGUCACAACCUCUUGUACAUAUCUUUCUUACUCUGAUUAUGAAUAUACAAUCUAUAAGAAAAAGAUAUACAUAAUAAUCUUGUAGAAAAGGAAGCAAAAAUAGAGAAAAGUUUUUCUACUUUAAUGACAAAAUUUCUAUGAAAUGCAAAUUUUAUAUAUAUUUGAAAAAAGAUGCACCUUAAGUUAUUUUUGUAAAUAACCUUCCUAUGCCCUUAUAAUAUUCCAACCUGCCAAUUAUUUGUAGCAUACAAUAAUUAUUUUUUAAUUAUAAAAAAAUAAUUUAAAAACUAUU